AGCUUUAUAAAAAUUACUGCUUAUCUUGUGUUGCAUUCUAUUUCAGUUUUAUUUAAUGCAUAUGCAACCAAAAAUAUGAAUGUGUAAAAUUAUAAAGACGACAGGCUUCCAGGGAAAACAAAAGUGUUGUUGCUGAUGCAUUCCGAAGACAGACUGCAGAGUGACCGGCUGAUUUACGUGUCUCUGAUUGGGUAGCUUCUGUUCAAGAUGGCUGCUACCAUGGUGGAACAUGUUGUUGCUGAUGCUGGAGCUUUCUUGAAAAAAGCACCAUUGCAGGAUAUUGGGAAGAACAUCUACACCCUAAAGGAGGUUGUCGAAGAAAUCCGGGACAAACAGACGAGGAGGAGCCUAGCCUUUCUUCCGUAUAAACUUAAUUUUAAGGAGCCCUUUCCAGAAUAUAUACGAUUGGUGACCGAGUUUUCCAAGAAGACAGGAGACUACCCCAGUCUCUCUGCUACAGAUAUCAAGGUCUUGGCUUUAACAUAUCAACUGGAAGCAGAAACUGUGGGGGAUGCUCACUUGAAGAAAGAGCCUGAGGUUAAAGUUAAUGUGUGUAGCACACUGCGCCACCCUGAAGCCCCGGUGGACAUUGCUGGCUUUCAUCUGCCCUCAAAGAAGCCAGGGUCAGAGUGCCAGAGCCCCGCUCCCUCCCAGAGCUCCUCAGCUUCAGAAGGCGCAGAGUUCGACGGCUUCCUCUUCUGGAGAAACCCUCUGCCCAACAUUGAGGCCGACCUGCUGGAACUCCUGGGCGCCGAGACGGUCUCAACGGCAGACAGCCCUGGCCCCGCGGCUGAGAACCCACAGGCAGCGGCCGUCUCUCCUGGGGGGCAGGGCGGGGACUCCUCUGAGGGUGGCGGUGGCUCGGAGGGAGAGAGUGAAGACGAGGAGGACGAGGAGGAAGAGGGUGACGAUGGUGGAGGCUGGAUUACACCCAGUAACAUCAAACAGGUCCAGCUUGAUGUGGGAAACUGGGAGUCUCCUGCAGAUGUUAAAGUGGGCUGCAUGACCACAGAUUUUGCUAUGCAGAACGUUCUCAUUCAGAUUGGCCUCCAUGUCCUCUCAGUGAAUGGAAUGCUGAUCAAGCACAGCAGGAACUACAUUCUGCGCUGCCACGCCUGUUUCAAGACCACAACAAACAUGAACAAAGUGUUUUGCCCUCACUGUGGGAACAAGACACUGAAGAAGAUCGCCGUGACGUUAAAAGAGGAUGGUAGCCUGCAAAUGCAUUUCUCCAAGAACCCCAAAGUGCUGAAUCCCAAAGGACUGAGGCACUCCUUGCCCAUGCCGCAGGGGGGCAAGCAUGCCAGCAACCCCCAGCUGGUGGAGGACCAGCACUUCCCCCAGCAGCGGCUGUCGCGCAAGGCCCGGCAGAAGACGGACGUCUUCAACCCCGACUACGUGGCCGGGGGGUCGCCCUUCGCGGAGAACGACAUCUACAGCAGGGCGGCCGGCUUGCAGCUGCGCGACGCCCAGGCCGGAGGGGGCAGACGCCGCGCUAACCCCAACGCCGCCCGCAAGAAGUUUGUGAAGAAGAAGUAACCCGCGUGUGUCCCGCUGCAUUUAGACUGAACACGUCUGCCUCGUGCGUGCGCACUACACAGAUACAGAGGUCACAAGGCAAACACUUUCUCACGCAAACGAAACCAGCCCCAGUAAGACUAAUCAACGUAUGCCUAAACCGAUGAGAUAUUUUUGGCAUGUCUAAGUGAACGCAUAAUACUGGUGUAAACAAUAUUUAAAAUGUCAUUAAAUGCCAUGUUCAAAUUGCAAGUGUAACUCUUACAACAUGCCAUUGCACAAUCUGUAAAGCUGUUGUUGCCCUUUUGGGGAAAAAAAGCUAACUUUUGAUACCCCACAUUAAAAUUUCUAACUGACA